AUGAACCCUCCAAACCCCCACCAACCGCAAUUUUCAUCGCUCCCAUAUGGUGCCACUCCGCCGGGUGCCCAGGCCCAUAACCCUUCGCUGCGCGCCUUCGGCAACUCAUACUCGACUUCCAACUCGCCCACCAACGCGACCUUUCAGCAAGCUGCCGCCUAUCUAGAAGGCAAUUACGAUGACGACGGAGACGAUCGCGCAAAUGACCACGACCAUGACCAUGACCACGACCAGGGCCAGGGUGAUCCCAAGCGUCGCCGCGCAAAGUACAUCGAGGGCUUGGAGAACAGACUUGCGCGUAUGGAGGGCUUGCUAAAGAUGUCGGGUCUGCUAGGAGAAGACGAUGGCGGCAAGACCGAUCUCGGCACGCUGGAGAAGCGGUUGGCAGAUAGGCAGGCCGCCGGCUCGUCGUUCGCAUCGCCAGCCUCACCGCACAUCGCUGGUGACGGUUCAACCUCUGCUCACCCAACCCCACCCACUGGACUUACCAGUCCUCAGUCUGGUGCGCCGCUGCAAGAUGGCCUAGCGCGGUCUCAAGACAAGGCUGCUGAGGGUCUGGCAGACCAGAUGUGCUCACUAGUCACGAAUAAUGCUGGAGAAACUCGAUACAUUGGAUCAUCGUCUGGCUUUUCUAUCUUCUCACCAAAAGGAAUCCAAUGGGUCAACGAGAAGACCGGAGACUCCUCUUUCCGUGAUAUGAUAUCCCAGGCAGCUAGUGAUGACAGAGCGUGGGCUGCCUGGAAGCCCGAAAUUUUUGACGAUAUCUUCUCGCGCAAAAUCUACAAGCCUCUACCUCCCAAACCCGAAGCUCUCGCCUUACUGAAGGACUUCUUCGAGAAUUUCAACUGUGUGUUUCCAUUGUUUCAUGAACCAACCUUUAUGCACCUGGUCGACAAACACUACUCGCUUGACCCAUACGAAGGUUCUGGAUGGUGGGCCAGCUUGAACGUUGCGCUCGCGAUUUCUCACAGACUUCGUAUUAUAGGUGAAGACGACGCCCGCAUUGAAGACACGAAAGCUUGGGGCUACCUGAAAAAUGCCCUGGCUGUCUUCUCGGAGUUGACCAUGCGCAACAAUGACCUGCUCAGCGUGCAGGCUCUGCUAGGCAUGGCACUCUUCAUGCAAGGUACACCCAACCCACAGCCAGGCUUCUUCCUUGUAGCCGCAGCGCUUCGCUUAGCACACAGCAUUGGUUUGCACAAACGAGGAUCCGAUUUUAAUCUUAAUGAGAUUGAAUCCGAACAAAGGAAACGUGUGUUUUGGAUCGGUUAUCUGAUGGACAAGGACAUUUGUCUUCGUUCAGGGAGACCUCCUAUCCAAGAUGACGAUGAUAUGAACGUCGAGCUUCCGAGUGAAAAUCCAUCAGACAACAUUGGUGUUGUACCAAUAGAGAGUGGCAAAGGCAAGGUCAAUCUGUUUCGGAUACAAUGUGUUUUCGCCAUGAUCCAGUCAAAGGUCUACAAAUUACUUUACUCGGUCAAAGCCGCUCGCCAAACAGAUGGCGAACUAUUGAACACUAUCGGAGAUCUCGACCAGGAACUAGAAGAGUGGAAAGACUCCAUUCCUCUUGAAUUCCGCCCUGAACAUGAGAUCAAAAUGGUCAGCCAGUCGCCACUCAUGCUGCAUAUUGUCGUCAUGCACUUUGCCUACUACAACUGUCUGACAACCAUUCAUCGAAUGUCGGAUGCUAGAGCUCGAUCUGACCUCAAGCUUAUGAACUCUAUGACCGAGUUCCUGCAAAUGCUGUGCGAGGAAGAUGGUAACAUUCAUUGUCGAAGGAUGGCGUCGAUCUGCAAAGAGUUUGAACGUAUCGCUAGGGUAGUCCUUGAUAAGGCUGAGAGGGACAUGAAAGGUAGGGGCAAGAGAAAGACUCGAGAAAGUGAUUCGGCCACACAGCCCAAUUUACCCUCGCAGUCUGAGCGUCGCUCGACAUCUCAGCCGGCACAAGCUCAGCAUACACCAAGCUUGCCUACUUCGGCGCUACCUAACGGACGAACAACAACGGCAUCUCCAUCCGUCCAUCUGAAUGGGCAAACGCAACAUCAAGUCUUUCACCCUCCACCUAUGGGACAAAUACCUUUCACAGCACCAUCAAACGUAUCCCCCUACCAAGCGAGCAGUAUGGCACCAGAGCCCUGGAUGCAGACCGUCCCACCUGCACCAGAAACCCUGUUCUCUCAAACCGACGGCCGAUUCCCACAAACAACAUUCCCGCAGGAGAACAACUUUGACAUGCAAGGCUAUAGCCUGGGACCCAUGGCUGGAGAUUUAGGUGGUAGUUUCCAACAACCAUUUGUACCACAGGACCUUUGGCAGAUGCCUAUGACAUUGGAAUGGGAUUGGGCUGAUUUCUUUGGCACGGGGCCGGGGUUUGACCUCAACAACCCUACUGGAGGUGGGCCUCAGUAA